CUUUGUGGCUUGGGAGAGGAGGGAGAUUCUGUUGUCUUUGUCGGGUAGUGGCGGUAAUGGCGACGUACGUGAGCGAGCUGGAGGCGGCCAAGAAGAGCCUCAGCGAGGCGCUGGGCGAGAACGUGAAGCAGUACUGGGCCAAUUUGAAGCUCUGGUUCAAACAGAAGAUCAGUAAGGAGGAGUUUGACCUGGAAGCGCGCAGGCUUCUUACGCAAGACAAUGUCCACUCUCACAACGAUUUCCUCCUGGCCAUUCUUACCCGAUGCCAGAUCUUGGUUUCUGCACCAGAAGGUGCUGGAACUCUGCCGUGGCCGGGUGGCUCUGCAACUAAACCUGGAAAACCCAAAGGAAAGAAAAAGAUAUCUUCUGUUCGACAAAAGUUUGAUCACCGGUUCCAGCCUCAGAAUCCACUCUCUGGAGCCCAGCAAUUUGUGGCAAAGGAUCCUCAAGAAGAUGAUGAUUUGAAGCUGUGUUCUCAUACCAUGAUGCUUCCUACACGUGGCCAGUUAGAAGGAAGGAUGAUCGUAACAGCAUAUGAGCAUGGGCUAGACAAUGUUACAGAGGAGGCAGUGACGGCAGUUGUUUAUGCUGUGGAGAACCAUCUUAAGGAUAUUCUGACAUCUGUGAUAUCCCGGCGGAAAGCAUAUCGUCUGAGAGAUGGCCAUUUUAAAUAUGCCUUUGGAAGCAAUGUUAACCCUCAGCCGUAUCUGAAGAACAGUGUUGUUGCUUAUAACAAUUUAAUUGAGUGCCCUCCAACCUGUGUGGCGCCUUCUGCUGGUCAGAGUCUAGCCCCACAGCCCCCUCCCGAUGAUGCCGAGCAGCAGGCAGCAUUACUCCUGGCGUGCUCUGGAGACACCUUACCGGCAUCUCUCCCACCAGUGAACAUGUAUGACCUUUUUGAGGCACUGCAGGUGCACAAAGAAGUUAUUCCUGCGCACACUGUCUAUGCUCUAAACAUUGAGAGAAUUGUCAUGAAGCUCUGGCAUCCAAACCAUGAGGAGCUGCAGCAGGAUAAAAUCCAUCGCGAGCGCCUGGCAGCAAAGGAGGGCCUUCUACUCUGCUAGAGGUAAGGGGAUCAAAACCAAAAAAACUCCACACAGAGGAGAACUGGAUUUGUGUUUGGUGUAUCUUGGGCUGGGAAAGAGCAUUAGGAGCUGGACCUGCAGAGAAUAGCGGCAGAGACAGGCUGAGCUCCUUACACAUCAGGGGAGCAUCCCUGGGGCCAGCUAAGGCUGUCUCCAGUUAUAAAGGUAGCAGGGCUGGAGCUGGGGUCUCUGUGACUGGGGUUUGCUCAGAGCAGAGGUGGGACAGAGGUUUUGCUUUACCUAUUGAAGUGCUAUGGAUGGGAUAGAGGGGAACCCCAGCAGCUGUGCCCCAACACUGAUGUGGAUUUGCAUGUGAGCUGGUGGAUUCAGCUGCUGCAGCUCCCUCCCUGCCCAGGGCAGAUACCAUGAAAGGAGAAGAAAUGCUGCAAAAAACAAGGCAAUUUGGACUCUUUUCCCCAUCCCCAGCCUUGAAAGAAGCUGAGGAAAAGACUGGCUCUUGCUUACAUCCAAGUCAUGCCAGCCUGACCAUUGUCCCCCUGCUGCAGUUAGGGGAAAAUAGUAGUCUCAGUGGAAUAAACUUUCUUCCUUGCUCA